GGCUAGUGCAGACUAGUGGUCACACAAAGGACAGAUUGGAUAGAGCCAUAGUGUGGAGGGGUUCGACGCUUCUCGCCAUGUUUGGUGGUGGCGGUGGCGGUUUUGCAGCCGCCCAAGGAUGUUUUGUGUGCAGUUUGAAGGCUAUGGUGGAGGUGGUGGAGGCUUUGAUCAGCCUGAGGCAGCCAUGAACCCACCUGCAACCCAGGGCCUGGCUGGCUUCUUGAACGACGGUGGUGGUCGAGCUCAAGAAGCACCACAAGGUGGCGCCAAGGCGGUGGCCCAUACCCUGACACCAGUAACCAUCCGAAUGCUGCAAGACGGGGUCCAAGAGAAGCGCCAGAAUGGCAUGAACAUGGGGCCUGAUGAGUCCAUACGCGUCAACGGCCGGGAGCUCCACAUGUUGACUCUCGUUGCAUGUGUUGAGGGCAUGCAGAUGCAGCAGCUUGGGAUGAUUGUGACUUUGAACGAUGGGACUGGCAGGAUGGAGUGUCAGAUGUAUGCAGACAGUGAUGCCGUCUCCAACGGUCCAGAUUUUCAAGUGGGUGACUACAUCCGUGUCUAUGGACAUCUUCGAAAUUGGAAUGACGAGGACCGCAUCACCGCCCACCGCAUUAGCAAGAUUGAGAAUCCCAACGAGAUCGCGCACCACACCAUUGAGGUUGCGCAUGUCCACCUGAGUCUCACUGGCAGAUUGGUAAAGGCGGUAAAGGCUUCGCCUGGAGGGGGCGGAGCUGUUCCCUUCAGCGGCGGUCAAAAUUUCGCUGCCGGGCCACCACCCGGUGGAGCUGGUGGUACC